CUUCACCUCGUGAUCGAUGGGGAUGAGGCUCGCGGCGACGAGCGAACCCAUCCAUCAUCAUCCAUCAUCAUCACCAUCACCACCACUAAAGAGCCCGCAACUUGAAAAUCGCAGAUCCAGGAUGAGGCUAUUAUCUAUAGUUAAGGAUCCACCUACUCUACGGUGCACCCGAAGGCUGAAGCGCGUAAAGCACCCCCCGCACAUCCAUCUCCACAUUCACCAGUUCGAAAACCGCAUUCGGAUCGCAUUCACCUCCUCCUCCAUCAAUGCCCCCUCCCCACACACGCACGCAUGCUGAUCAGGCCUUCCAGUCCACCAAAAACCUGGUCACCGCGGAUGUCGAGUGAUAUCUUGUUAACCCAUGAGCACGAUUGCACUCGUGUGGGCCCCCAGCCUAGUUCUGGAAGCGCGGUCGAGAAGGAACGCUCCAAGGAUGCGGUUGGCACUCGACGUGCUCGAGCUCGAGCUCGUUCCGUUGAUAUGGAUCUAUCCACACUGACAUUGUCCCCGGCCCCGCAGCAACGAAUGCACAAACAUACCUACAGCGGUGUCCUGCCAUUGGGGGGAUUCGUACUCGUACUCGUACGUACAUACAGAGGUUCGACAGUCGUGUGUUAUCGAGAGAGAAGCGCCGAGCGGUCGAUAAGUGUCGGUAGGUAUGGUUCCUCUGGACUCUGCCCUCUGGAGGAGCCUCGGGAAUCCAGACGGCAGCCAGCAGGAGCUCGAAGCCUGAAGGAAGCGUAUGGUCACUAUAAUGGGCGCGGUGUGCGGGGUACAGGUAAGUAUCCUGUUUCGGGGCCGGAUCCGCACCUAUGUAGUAGGAUCGGCGGUGAUAUUCGGCGGUACCAUUCGAAUUUCGGCAACCACCACACACUGCACAGAGUAUGCAUCCCUACUGUGCAUACCGUGCAUACUGUGCAUACAUUUAUCAGUGAUCACCGUAUCACUAUUCAUUUAGCCGUGCACCGCCUCAACUUUCAAGGCUCAGCGACCACAGCCCACAGCCCAUUCCGGCACCGUCCGCCCGCCCGCGCAUCGAGAGUUGAGAGUCGAGACUCGUGAUGUGACAUCCGGAUACCUACAUACAUGUAACAUACCUGAUAUAAUACCUAGUACAGUGGUACAUGCUAGAUCUCGACGCGACCAUCCGCCACCCACAGUUCCAACCAGUCCAUGUCCUUAUCCUCAUCCCAUCGCCAUCAAAUCCGCGAGACGAAGGAAAGUAAAUCUCGGCGGGAGUCCGCGCGGU